AUGUAUAUAGAAGAAUUUUCUAAUUAACUAAAUUUGGAUCAAGAAACUUUAGAUAAUGUUAAAACAGCUAUGCAAUAAUUUUCAGAAUAAGAUGAAAAAGUAUAUAUAUUAUUAGAAAGCAUUUAGAUUUACGUUCCAGCUGUUGUUUAUUUGUGCAGUCAAAGCUGUCAAAUAUAAUAAUUAGAUGGAAAAACAAAAUAAGGAAAUGGAAUUACACUUACAUAAGUAUAAUAAUAAUAGGAUUGUAGAUAAUCCGCAAUUUGGAUCCAUAAACUGAUAUUGAAUAGUUCUUAUUAAUUUUGUAAGAUCUUCCUGCUCUUCUGAAGUAUCAUUCAAUUGAAUUUGAUAAUAUUGUCAGAUAAGCUAAUUUCAGUUUUAGAUUAUACAAAAAAUUUGACAAAUGUUUUAGCCUUAUUCAGUAUACACAAUAAAUUAAGUAUUUAUUAGACCAGUUUAAAAUCCAAGUUAAACUCCAUAAUUCAAAAAAGAAGAUGAUAAUGAUCCUUAUAUAUAGGAAUUAAAGAAAGUAGCAUGGAUUUUGUGUAUGAUGGUUAGAUAAUAAAUUGUACAAUAUGAAGAGUAGUUAGAUAAAAAUGAACAUAAAAUCUAUGAUCCAAAUAGUAAAGUUAUUUUGAUUCUUGUUGGAUCUUUAUCUAUUGUAUUUUAAAAUUUACCAAAUACAUUCACAUAAAAUGUAGUAGAUCUUUCAUAAAAAAUGCUGUCAUUUUUUUGUAAUGAAUUAAAUGAAUGUGAUGAAGAAUUAUAAUAUUAUUAAAAUUUGUGUUAUACAUGCAUAAAUCAAAUUGUAAAUGUAAUGUAACAUAAAGCCAAAAUUAUAGAUUUAUAAUAAGAAAUUUAAGAAAAUUAAGUACCUAUUUUAUUUGAAGAAAAAACAAUUAUUUAGACUUAUAAAAGAUUACAUAAAUAUUAUGAAAAGACUAGAAAACAUUCAGAUUUAGAUGAAGAAUGUUUUUUAAGACAAAGAAUUGUAUUUACUCCUAAAAAGGAUAUUAAUAAAUAAACAGAUUAUUCAGAAUUUGAAACUUUGUAAAAGAAAACUAAAAUAAAAAGUGAUCCUCCUUUUAUGUAAACACCAUUAAAAGAUAAUAAAUUCUCUAAUACUCAAGAAAAAACAUAUUUUGAUAUUAAAAAAAAUGCAAUUCCUCAAACUCCUAUAAGUAAAUGUAUGGAAUUACAUUAAUGGAUGAAAAAAAUCACUAUAUAAAAAUAUAAAUGUUUUGAUGAUGAUGAUGAAUAAGAAUUUUAUGCUUAAGCAACUAUUAAAUUAAGAAAAUACUUUGAAAUUACAGAAGAUUCAAAAUGUUCAAAAUAAAUUGAAUAAGAAUAAACUAUAUUAACAUUAUGUUUAGCUGUUAUUGACUCAUUAAUUAAAUAAAAUGAUGGUUAAUUUGAUUUAAAACUUCUUAAAAAUGAUAGAUUUUAAUAUUCAAUUCUAGGUUUAUCUUUAUACACUUAUUAAAUUGUAAUCUAAAAACCUAAUUUAUUGUAAAAUAUNGGAUUGUAGAUAAUCCGCAAUUUGGAUCCAUAAACUGAUAUUGAAUAGUUCUUAUUAAUUUUGUAAGAUCUUCCUGCUCUUCUGAAGUAUCAUUCAAUUGAAUUUGAUAAUAUUGUCAGAUAAGCUAAUUUCAGUUUUAGAUUAUACAAAAAAUUUGACAAAUGUUUUAGCCUUAUUCAGUAUACACAAUAAAUUAAGUAUUUAUUAGACCAGUUUAAAAUCCAAGUUAAACUCCAUAAUUCAAAAAAGAAGAUGAUAAUGAUCCUUAUAUAUAGGAAUUAAAGAAAGUAGCAUGGAUUUUGUGUAUGAUGGUUAGAUAAUAAAUUGUACAAUAUGAAGAGUAGUUAGAUAAAAAUGAACAUAAAAUCUAUGAUCCAAAUAGUAAAGUUAUUUUGAUUCUUGUUGGAUCUUUAUCUAUUGUAUUUUAAAAUUUACCAAAUACAUUCACAUAAAAUGUAGUAGAUCUUUCAUAAAAAAUGCUGUCAUUUUUUUGUAAUGAAUUAAAUGAAUGUGAUGAAGAAUUAUAAUAUUAUUAAAAUUUGUGUUAUACAUGCAUAAAUCAAAUUGUAAAUGUAAUGUAACAUAAAGCCAAAAUUAUAGAUUUAUAAUAAGAAAUUUAAGAAAAUUAAGUACCUAUUUUAUUUGAAGAAAAAACAAUUAUUUAGACUUAUAAAAGAUUACAUAAAUAUUAUGAAAAGACUAGAAAACAUUCAGAUUUAGAUGAAGAAUGUUUUUUAAGACAAAGAAUUGUAUUUACUCCUAAAAAGGAUAUUAAUAAAUAAACAGAUUAUUCAGAAUUUGAAACUUUGUAAAAGAAAACUAAAAUAAAAAGUGAUCCUCCUUUUAUGUAAACACCAUUAAAAGAUAAUAAAUUCUCUAAUACUCAAGAAAAAACAUAUUUUGAUAUUAAAAAAAAUGCAAUUCCUCAAACUCCUAUAAGUAAAUGUAUGGAAUUACAUUAAUGGAUGAAAAAAAUCACUAUAUAAAAAUAUAAAUGUUUUGAUGAUGAUGAUGAAUAAGAAUUUUAUGCUUAAGCAACUAUUAAAUUAAGAAAAUACUUUGAAAUUACAGAAGAUUCAAAAUGUUCAAAAUAAAUUGAAUAAGAAUAAACUAUAUUAACAUUAUGUUUAGCUGUUAUUGACUCAUUAAUUAAAUAAAAUGAUGGUUAAUUUGAUUUAAAACUUCUUAAAAAUGAUAGAUUUUAAUAUUCAAUUCUAGGUUUAUCUUUAUACACUUAUUAAAUUGUAAUCUAAAAACCUAAUUUAUUGUAAAAUAUGAAAUAAUUAUGCACAAUCUUUGAAAUAAGUCCCUUAGAUUUAUUUAGAGUAAUAGCUAAUUUUGCUCAUUUCAAUAGAUAAAUGCCUUCUACUAUAACUUCGUAACUCUUUGAAUUAGAAAAACAUAUCUUAUUCAAUUUAAUGUGGUAAACAGAUGCUGAGAAAUUAAUUGAAAUCUUUAAAGAUAGUAUUUAAUUUAAUGUUAUGUUAUGUAGAUUCCCCAAAAUACUUUGAUUAAGAAUUAGUAAGAAGAUUUUAAAAUCAUUUAGCCUUAAGAGUUAAAGAACUUUGUAAAAUACUUUAAUUAGAUAUUCAUGAUUUUGCUUAUUAAGCAAUAUGUGAGUUUAUGAAGAAUCCAAAAUUAGAAGUACUUAAGGAUGUGAUUUUUGAUACAGUGAUAGUUUGCACAUUUUAUGUGAUAUAAAAACAUCAUAAACAAAGUCCUUCCUUUAAUUCUUUUAAUAAAGUAACUAUAUAUAAUAUAUUAUAAUAGCUAUAUAAUUAAUAUUACUCUUAAUAAAAGCAAGUCUUCACUAGAAUCGUUGAGUAUUAUAAUGAGAGAUUUUUGAAUGGAUUCAGAGAUAUUGUAAAAUCAAUAUCUAAUGCUCAACCUUUACAUAUACCUAAGAAUUUCGAAUGUCAGAGUCCAUUAAUAAUAAAACCUAUUCCUGUAUCUCCAAAUUAUAAAUUAUCGUAUAUUGCUACUCCAGAACCACCCUCCCCUCAAAAAAACUUUAUGCGUUCAUUGAUGCAAAAGAUAAAACCAUAAUAAUAAUAAUAAUAAUAAUAAUAAGACAUUCAACCUUUUUAAGAUUGA